UCUGUGCCGGCCGGUAUUCUUAAUUCUUGCAUUUCCACUUUAUCCUCUAUUUAAUAUUAUUAUUGAUUGAAUAAUAUAAAAAAAGUGAAUCAUCCAUUGAUAUAUUAGUAUUUUAUCCACCAAUAAUUCGUUACUCUUCAUGGGUGCAAAAUGGAUGAAUGGGACUCAAUAAUACAAACUUGUCAGGACGAAAGUGAUCCGAAAAUCUUCUGCAAAGUUUUGCGAAGUGCUGAAAUUGUGCUGGCUGAGGAUUUAGCACCAUUUGAGACGGAAUGGAUUCUAUCGACUCUGCUGCACAAACCAGUGCACCUUUUGGAGGUAGUUGCUAACAGACGUACCGACAGCAGUUGGGACGUCUUUGUCCGCGGAGCUCUGAAACUGUUGGGUGACAUUGUCACUAAGCACGAGUGUGCUGACAAAUAUUAUGAUCAAAUUGUACAGCUAUGUCUCCUACAUUACGAGCCCCUGAUAAAGCAGCAAGCUCUCUCGUGUAUAAGCAAGGUUGCGAGACAGUCCCCUGCAGGCGCGCGGGACUUCGCCAGACAUGUGUCUGCGCUGCAGGAAACUACCACUUGCAAAGCACCCCUCGCUGUUUUAGUUGGUACGAUAUGUGAACACCAUCCCAGUGUGGUGGCGGACGACAUUACAACAAUAUGGCGGGUUUAUCUCAAUUUACUGGAUUCUAAUAAAUACACUGUAACCGUGACCAAAGCAGUACUAGAAGGGAUAUGUGGUCUAUUCAAACACUUUGGAAUGGAAUUGCCUACUAUGGAGCUCAAUGUAUUCUAUGAUAAGUUAGUGAAUUAUCUAGACUUGCCCAGGUGUGAGGAAGUUACUCUAAAAUUCUUCCAAAACUACGCACACUUGUUCCGCGAGCGCAUAUCUAGUGAUAAGCGCGUGCGCACACUUGUGUGCAAUUGCAACAGUGUGUGCGCACGACCAGCCAUACUAGCGAUAUAUGGAGUGGUGUUUGAUACUAUCUCUGAUGUGGACCAUAUUCAGAAAAUUCUAGAAACAGAAAUCUACCCACGCACAAAGUCUUCUCGCUUCUAUGAGAGGUUCACAGCGUUGCGCGUACUGACUGACGCACACACACACAAUAUUGUGAGUGAUCUGAGCGAGUAUGUGGACUUGCAAGCAUUGGAGAGUCAUUUGAGGAAUGGGAAUGUUGACUAUGAGACCUGUGAAGCCAUAUCUUGGAGCGUGCAGUCAAAGGUGCCGUUCAGCGAUCGCCUGUUGCAGUCCGCCAUCUUGUUUUACGAUCGUUUUCCCGCCAACAAGAGGAAGGACGUCGUUGUAUACCCUCUGUUACAAGCUGACAGCGAAUUGAGGACUGAAAUAACAAAUUUUCUGAUCGCCGAAUCUAUUCACCCCGCUACGAAGGAGCAAUGUAUGAAGAUAUGGCAGGACUUAUUCGACACGAAGAAUAACACAGACAACAUAGUUCUAGAGAACUCUAUAUACAUAGCACAAGAUGUUAUAGAGUAUGCGACGCGAAUAGUUGAGAUGUUUCUAGAAGGAGAUGAACUGACUCUUCCCGAAGCAAUGCCCCAGCUACUGUCCUUACUAGUGACAGUGCUGCGUUUGAACUCGGCCAGUGACUUGCCUUGCUCGCGACUCGCGCGAGUGCUGCGUCGCUGUGCGAACAUUCACUCUGAAGUGAUUCCGGCCGCCAUUUUGUGUGGCUUGUUCUCGGGUGAAGUUUAUGAGGACAUAUCACUGGAUAUAUGCAGUGACGAAGACAUGCUCGUGGAAUGCGCGUUGGCACUCUUGGGCAUGCCAGAUGACGUCACCAGCAAAUGUCUGCCCAGGGACAUGAUAACUGCACUCGAGAUAAUAUUCUCAAGCAACAAUAUCGAGUCGUCUACACUAAGCAAGGCUGUGCAACAAUUGGACAAACUUUUGCAGCAAAAUAGAGAGUCAGACGACAAGUGUCUCCAGGUUAUACAAAAAGUAGUGAAACUUUCGCAACAAAUAGAUAAGAAGAGUAAAGAUGAUAGAAUAUUGUAUCGGGACAUUGUUAUGUUUUUAGGUAAAUACGGAAAACAGUACGAUUAUGAAGAUCAGAUCUCAAAUUCGGAUAAUUUACUUAUUUACAAACUGAAGAGUACCCUCAUUUUGGAUAUACCUCAUGACGACGGAAUGUUAAAGAUCAAUUUACAAGGAAUUCUUCACUCAGCCAUAAAGCAAGAAGACCCAAGUGCCUUAACUAUGCUGUUAACUAUCAUUAGUGCUAAUUUGGUAACAAGAAAUGAUCCAAUCUUACAAGCAGCUUUAGUGAGAGUAGUUCUGUCUCUUUCUCACUGCGAUAUAAAUUCAGACGUCGUGUAUACAGCUAUCUCUCUCUGCGAUGGGAGUUGUGCUAAUGACUUAAUAGGGUACAUUGCAGUAGAAAAGUCGCAUCGAUCUCGGAAGCUGCUUCUAGAAGGUAUAGAAGUGCUUCUGAAAGAUGACGGGCAGAUUUUGGAAAACAUUUUGGAACACAUUGUUCCUAAUGAAAAUGACUUACAAAAUCAAUCACAAAUAGAUAUAACAGAGUUUUUGCUAAAACACCUAAAAGACAACAAUUCACUAUGCCAGAAUUAUCUACCAAAGAUUAUUUCCAAAAUUUUGAAUGCACAAUCCCGCCAUCACAACAUAAUAAAGGUAGCGUCAGACUUAUUCGUCGACAAAAUAGAAUUGUACACGACGAAUGACGUAAACGACAUAAUAAAAAGUGUGUUUCAAACAAUAAAUUCGCCGAAGAACAAAAAUAUGACGAAUAUUGAAAUGGCUGUUGAAUUUGUCAAAAGGAUUUUUGAAAUCAAAAAUGAUGAUGUUAAAACGGAGAAUAUAUUGGAUUUGUUUUUGGAAAUUUUUGCAAAAGAUGAGAAGAAGGUUAAUUUGAGAGUCUUUAUGGCUGUUACUAAAAUUUUUGAGGUGGAUAAAGAAAGGAUUGAGAAAGUAUUUUUGGAGAACAAUUUCAUGGAAAAAAUUUUGAAUGGACGGUAUUACCUCUCAGAGGUGGAACAUGAUUAUUUUGAUACUGAAACACAAUUGGAUCUUUAUAUCGAAUAUUUCGACCUGAUUUGGAAAAUUGACCAUGGGCAAUUGUUAAGCAACCUACUGUCAGAAUUGACACCGCAAAAUGUCAUAAAGUUUGACAGAAAACUGUCAAAAUGCCUUUCUUUAGUGGAGCCCAAGUAUUUAAAUAGAAUGACAGAUUGGUUUGAACGUCAACCAGUGAAGGAAAUUACUCAAAGUAUAGAGAAAUAUUUAUUCGAAUCAAAACACGAGGUUUUUGUUCAAGUUUUGAAAAUCAUGGUUAACAUUUACAAAGGUAAAGAAAUGGCUGUACCGAUUUCGAUGGAGUUCUCUAGAUGUAUAAAACGCUGGGUGGAUUGGGUCGCCAAGUUGAACGCCUCCGGUUAUAUCGAGAGGAACCUGAAGUCCAAAAUGGCGUUUUUGAUGGAUUUAGUUGAAGUUUCCAUUGCGUUUUUGAGCGAUGAAGAACUCAUGGCUGUACUGAAUGAAGGAGAAUCAGAGAAACUCAAAUUCUUACAAGAUUUCAUGCCAGCUGUUUAUACACGUUUGGUGAAAAAACCCUACCUAUUGUUACAACCGAAUAUGGUAAAUUGCUGUACCAUUUUGAAUGACGUUGUGAGACACGCAGUGAGGCAAAACAGGAAGGAGGAGGUUUUGGAACUGGUUGAUUUGGUAUGGCCGAACUAUGAGCCACUGUCUACAAUGAACCAAAAACACUCACUUCUACUGGAUCUGUCUUCAAUAACUCCGAAUCUUCCUCCACACGCCAAUGUCAUGCGAUGGUUGAUGAAGACUGUCUGUUGUGAGGACACUAAGCUUGCACACAAGAUUAGAUUGUUUGGGAUACUACCAGCUGCCGACGAAUAUAGAGCCGCAUAUAAAGUCCUAUGUCCACACUUGCCAUCACGACUGAGCGAGUUAUACGCACUGUCAUCGUGUUGCUUCCAAGCCGUGCUCGAUUGUCUCGCCGACAGUCGCGACACUGACUGCGACAAUCGCGUCGCAGAAAAACGCGUCAUUCUUCUCGACAUCGUCAUUACUCUCGCUGCGAGCGACAAUACGAAAGGAUGGUGGGACGACGCGAUAGACGCUUGUAUGUCUUCAAUAGCGGCGAGUGCAGACGCGCGACUGUCGCGUGUUUGUAGUGCAGUGUACGCAAGAUGCUUCGAGGGUAGGAGUCUCGGAGUGUGCACACGCCUUAUGCUGCCCUUACUGAGGUAUUCAACCCCAUCGUUCUGUGAAGAGUUCUUCUCGAAGGUUCUAGAAGAGUUAUUGUCCAUAUUGAAGACGAAGCCGCGCGAGGCAACUGCACAUUAUAGCUACGAGAAAUGCGUUCUCGAUUACGUGCGAGCACUUUAUGUACUGCAAGUUGUGUUCCAGAAGGUGCCCAAAGAGCACAUAGAGUCCCCGCGUUCUUUGCUGUACAGCAAGAAGGUAGGAGACACACGUGCGUACGCCGUGAGCACGGUUUGCAAGCUGUGCGUAACGUUGCGGGCCAGUGUGAAGUGUCCCCCGGCAGCAGAUGAGAGUAUGAAGGAAAGCUGUAGGUUGUUCUACUGUUCGAACUACAACUGCCUCGCCGCAGCGAUUUGCUGUACGCAACUCAAGCCCGCAGUCUGCGCCACUGUCUUCCACAAAGAUGUGUGGAAUCAUUUGAUUGGGGACGAAGAAAUUAAGCUACCUUUGAGGCCGCAGUGGAUUCAACGCAGCACUCGCCAAGCCGUAUCAAUCGAAGUGACAGGGUCACUGCUGUCGCUGCGCACAUCAGCGACGCUAACCACCGUGCGCACACCCGCGUUCCUGCGCACACUCUCAGAGAACCCCUUCCAGUACGACCUAGUGCAAGAGGACGAACAGCCUCAAACCCAGGAUCUACAGCUAAUAGAUAACUACCUUAAUAAACACGAAUGUGCUGGUACUUUGACGGCCUUACUCAGUAGAGUAAGUGCUCUCGAGCACGUGCAGUGGAGGGAUGCUCUCAUCGCCACCCUUGAUGGCGAUGCGAGAGGGAACGUCAAGUGGCUGCUGGCACAGGCUGUAUGCAACAGUAAGGAGGACCUCAAACCGCACGCUAGUGCUCUACGCCCGGCGUUGCUCGCGGUCAUCGUCAAAACAGCCAAAGACAAGAAAUUGAACGGACUACAUAUUGAUAUUCUGGACACAUUAAUAUUUUGGAAUGAAGGCAUACAACCAUGUGCCGACCUGAACUCUACCAUAGAGUGUAUAAUAUCCACGGCCAUAGACUAUAGACUGAACAAGAACUUGUAUUAUAUGAUUUUGGAGAAAUUGACCAAAAUGCUGGACAGAUGCGUUCAAGUUAAUUGGAGUUGCUUCGAUAGGUAUUUGACAGAUCUUAAAUCAGACACCGCAACCUGCUGCAUUGAUAUUCUAAAACGCUUAGCAAAAUGCAACGUCUAUAUACCGGAGUUACUACCCGCUUUGACUGAAACUAUUGAGAAUAAGCGGUCAAUGUCCGAACUGACUACGCUGUUCGCUCUCGCUUUGACCGCUGCUCGGGAUAGAGGGGAGAAUGAUGGGGAGUGGCUUAGGAGGUAUAGAAGUGUCCUGGACAGGUUGCGUAGAAGCGAUCACGCUGAGUACAUCAAACUGUUGCACGCCGCGCAGAAGGUCUUUCCCGGAUGCUGUGACGAGACUCAUUUCCGGUCUAUAACGGAUCUGACGCCCAAAAUCACCGGCCGGCCCAAAGUGCAGUGUUUAGAGAUCCUUUCCACGUAUGUGGUAGACGCUAAACGCAACGAAUAUGUUACAACCAUGUUCGAUACUAUAGGACUCCUCGAUAUUAUUAACACAAAGGAAGCUUUAGUUUUGGCUAAAAACGGCUUACAUUUGAUGGAAGAACACCUCAGAGGCUGUAUAGUGUGUCACGUGGCUAGCAAUUGUCAGCAAUUACCGGCCAAAGUGAGAAGCGAGGCGUACGGUGUACUGGUCAAAGCUUUCGAAUUGCUCCUUUCCCCAAAAACUCACGAGCCAGCCGCAAAAAGGCGCGCCCGGGAAUCGAACUCCCUACUACUAUCGCCUAACGAUACUUACACUGAAAUCGUAUGUACUGCAGUGGCACAGGGUUUGGUGGAAAGAGACAGCGAUAUAUCCAAACACGUGAGAGAGGGAGUCGGUAGAUGUCUGAGCACAGAUUCUGGAGUUAGAUUCUGCGAAAGUUUUCUAUUAGCCAUUGUUCUGCCAUUGAAGAACACAUCGAAUUAUCCAGAAAGUUCCAAUUUAGCGGCCAUGCUGGAUUUGUUCUUCCGACGGAUACGCGAUCAAGAAAAGUUUCAAAACGCAAAGUUGAGGGAUGAACCUAUAGAGCCGAGGCAAAUCAUAUCGACUACGUCGUCAACUAAAAUAAUGACUCUGGGAACUCAUCUACGAAACAAACAAGAAUCGUCCACAGUCAGUUUGGAUGUUCAAAUGUCGCUGGAUAAUUUGCUGAAAUCAUUGUUACAAUAUUUAGAGAAAAACCCAUCAGCAGCCACAUCCAUCAUUGUGCAAUUAAUAAAGACUUAUAAAACCAAACGUCCCGGGUUCGAUUUUGACUCCACAAUGAGCGGAAAUGUGUCAAAAUGUCUGACCAUACUAUGUUCCAUGACACCAUGGAUUUUGGAGAUGGCCAGAGAAAUUGAUAUAUGGGAUUCUUCGAAUUUAGACCAAAUCAUAGACAACUUAGUGCAGAAUACCAAAAAUACGGAAGGGGAAGGUAUAUGCAAAGUUUUGCUCGAAGAUUAUAGGAUACGUUGUUACGGACCUGAACUGUUUUUGAUGGGUAAUGGAAUACCUGACAGCGACGUAGAUAUGUCUGAAGCGAGCCCAAUAUUUUCCUUGGAAGAUUUGAUGUCGUGUUUUGGCAAACUGUCAAAUUGGGAUGACCUGACGACACAGGGGCGGAGAUCGUUCAAAUCCACCCUACCCGCGAUGUGGACCAGUCGAAGCAAUUUUGAUGCUUGUAUUCAGGAUUAUGAUUUUACAGGUUGUCCUGCCUGGGUCAACGCCAUGGUGUCCACAUACAGGAAUAGCGAGAGAACUACAAGGUUCACGGAGUUAGACAAGUGGCCGAGGAAAGCCUUCGAUAUAUCCGCCUUAGUGGAGUGUACAGCCUGGGAUCGAAUCCGGGACUCUUUCGACAUCAAAGAGCAUGUUUUGCCGGACUACAUACACCCUUCAGACUGUCUCGCUGAGUGGGCCUUCAGGAUUAUGUUGAGAUCCAGUUACUUACCAUCUCUAAACGACAACUCAAAUGAAGAGAUCGAUAAGCUGUCCCGCUCGCACGAACUAUUGUGGUGUGUAAGUGCGAACGAGAGGGGCUUACAUACACAAGCGCUAGAGUGCUGCAAACAUCUCUCGGAACUGUAUGAAAGUGAAACUUUGAAAUGGUUACAUCAAAAAGUGGUAGCCCUUAGAGCGGUUGCAGUGGAGAAAAAUGAUCGCGAUGGUUUGAAGAAAGCUCUUAAUUUUGCAGAAAUAUAUCCGGAAAAGUUUAUGGACAAAUCGAGCUUCGAAGAUGUGCUCGGUAUGAGCGAGGUCACACUGCGCUUGAAACGAGACCUCCAAUCAUUAAAACAUAAAGAUGUUGACAAGUUACGGAAUGAAAUAUCAAGAAAAUUGAAUGAUGGAGAAAUUGUACCAGGAAAUGUAUUAAAAUCAACUAAAAGUACUAUGGAGUCAAUUUGUGUGAUUGCGUUGACUUAUUAUAAUGGACUAUGGGAUUCAUGUACAGGUGCUAAGGAACAAAGUGAUUUAUUAUUGCACAUGUCAGAAAUCUUAGACCUUUUCGCGAAACUAGAUCUAGGUUGGAAAGGCAGACUUUUGGCAGACAUGGUCCUAGACAGAGUGAAUGACGUCUCUGUUAGUUUAAAUUCAGAACUUUCUGGAAAACUUUUGAACGCGUUCAAGUUACUAAGGCACCAACUAGACGAGGUAUCCAUAAGUCAGUUAACUUCCAACAAACUAAAGUUUCCUCACCACCAAGACGACAUAAAGGCGCUAACACACGAAACAGAGAUGGGCAAAUACAGGCAGUGCCUGAGUCUGUUGGCGGGCCCGGAAUAUUUGCUGCUGCAGUAUUGCAGGGCCUUAAGGAGUGCUUUGGAAAAGGAUGACGAUAGGCAAUUCUCCCGCGUCUUCACCAAUAUGACGUCAGCCAUAUUGGACAACCCAUACGCCGGCCCAGACUAUCAAGUGCUCUUCAAGUAUAAGAAGACUUUAAACGAUUUGAUUGAAGAAGAUAUCUCCAAGGAAUCCAAACGCCAAAUACUAUCAUCAAUUCAAUCAGAGUUAAAAGAUACAAGGAAGGACAUCCUGUAUCUCUCCCAUCUCUGUCCCGCUCUAACGCACGAGCUGGAAAGAGACGACAACAUGUCAAAGUUGUUAUGCUUGAAGAGAGGGGUGUAUGUCGCCAAGUUUGAAGAAAAGAUAUCAGUAUUCGUGGACUCAAUCCGUCGACCGACGCUAGUGCGGUGCCGACUGUCGGACGGGUCAGUCGCGCGAUGCAUCGUGAAGUGCGGCGAGCGCAGUCGCCCGCACUGCGCGGCGAUGCGACUGCUCGCCGCUGUGCAGCCACGGACAGACGGACGAGUCCGCGCCGGGUACUAUGUAACGCCGCUAAGUGAGGACUGUGGCCUUAUCCAGUACCUCGAAGACCACGAGCGAUUCAAAGCUCUGAUAAAAACUACGUGCGAUGUUGACGGUCUGGUGUCAACCAUACGUCGCUCAAAUGACAGUGAGCUCAUUUUGUCGCCAAAUAACUCCCUCCAAACAUUUGAACAGCUGUGUGCUAAAAUACCUGCAUAUUUACUGAGGUCCGCCAUAGAAGCCACGUGCGUUACUCUGCAAGACUUCAUAGUUAAGAAAAAGAACUUUCUGGAAUCUCUAUGCGACAUGACUGUACUUAGCUAUUUAUAUGGUAUAGGCGACCGUCACUUAGAAAACAUGAUGUACAGCAUCCAAGAUGGCGGCGCGUGCCACGUGGACGCCGGCGCCAUCUUGCAAUAUGGCGGCAUGGAGCUCCCGCCCGCGCGCCUCACGAGGAAUAUACUCGCUGUGUGUGAUUUUACAGUAAUAGAAAGCAGGCUGCAAACCGCGCUGUCACAUGUUCGCGACUCGCGCGAGUUACUCGUGCCAGCCAUCACUGUCUCAUUCAAGUGGAUGGGAGAUAGCGAAUUUAUGGACAAGCUACCUCACAUCAAGAACUUGAUAAACGGUUCGACAUUAUCCUACAAAGUGACCAUUGAAGUUGUAUCAGCAUCAAACAACAAAUAUAAGGACAAGUAUAUUCAACUGUUAGAAGAAGUCUUCGCUGAUUUUGAUGAGAAAGAAACUUACAGUGUCGAAGAACAAGUGUCGAGUUUAUUGCGUCAAAGUACGGAACCUCGUCUACUCAGCGUAACAAGAACUGGAUGGGAACCCUGGAUUUAAGCUGAUUAAGAAUUAAUACAGGAUAUAACCAGAAUUCUAG